AUGGAUAGGAAAAUGUCGAAACAAGUGGAAGAGUCCGCAAAAGUGUUACUGUACAAGCCUUCGGAAGAAAUUGAUUUAAAAACCAUGCCACUGAAGGAGAAAAUGACGUAUCUGAAAUCUAAUAUAACUGUAGAGCCAAUAGUGUUCCUAUUUAUAGUAGCCAGUACUCUAUCAUCGUUUGCUGUCCAAAACCUAUAUAUAGACAAAGCCUGUAGAGUGAAUCUACAAUUCAGUGAAAAAUUGUGUAUGGAUUUACAACUUAGGAAAAAUGACAAUCAUACCUUAGAGGAGAUAGAAGUACAGAAACUGAAAAAGCGUACCGGCUUCAUUGGUUUCUUUAUGGAAUUUUUUGACUUCAACAGUUUUAAAGAAACUGUAGGAAUAUUGUGUAAGAAGGGAAGAAGUAAUCGGAGGCUAAAACUUUUUCUUCUCCUACUAUGUGUUUGCUUAUACUGUGGUCCGCUAAUGGGCACAAUAUUUGCAAUAUGCAUUUUUAGUAAGAAACUAAAAUCUCACGAUUCAAUAUUAGGAAUGACUUCAAUGGCCAGCAAGAUCUUAGGCACUUUAGUGAUAAUGUUUGCCAAACAGGAUUAUCAAGUCUAUCUGUGUACGUAUUAUGAUUCAUUAACUGGUCGCUGA